AUGGCGGAGGGCGGCUCGGGCCGGGGCGCCUCCAUGGGGGACUGCCUGGAGAUCAAGUCCCAGCUCCGCACCCGCCAGGGCUUCUACAAGCUGCUCCCCAGAGACGGGGCGCCCAGACCACCUGCCACAGAGACCAUCUCCCUGCUGGUGGGCUUCUCCGCCGGCCAGGUGCAGUGCCUGGGUCUCAUCAAGAAGGACACCAGCAAGCUGUUCAGCGAAGAGCAGCUGGUUGACAAGACUAAGGCGACACACCCGAAGUGGCUGCUGGAAUCGGAGAGCCUGUUCCUGGCAUCGCACGCCAGCGGCCGCCUGUACCUAUACAACGUCAGCCACCCGUGCGCGUCCGCAACCACCUCCCCCCCCACCCUCACCCAGUACAACCUGCUGAACCAGGGGGAGGGCUUCGCCGUACUCGCCAAGAACAAGGCACCCCCCAACCCGCUGGUCAAGUGGGCGGUGGGCGAGGGGCCCCUCAAUGAGUUUGCCUUCUCGCCGGACGGCAGGCACCUGGCCUGCGUCAGCCAGGACGGCUGCCUGACCGUCUUUCACUUUGACUCCAAGCUCCUGCGGGGGCUCAUGAAGAGCUACUUUGGGAGCCUGCUCUGCGUGUGCUGGAGCCCCGACGGGCGCUAUGUGGUGACAGGAGGGGAGGAUGACCUGGUCACCGUGUGGUCCUUCUCUGAGGGCCACGUGGUGGCCUGCGGCCACGGCCACAAGUCUUGGGUCAAUGCCGUGGCCUUCGACCCCUACACAACAAGAGCCGAGGAGGCGACGACAGCCAGCGGCGAUGCUGAACGCAGUGUGGAGGAGGAGCCCGAGGUGGCCGGCCCAGGCUCCAAGGGGGAAGAGCCGCUCUCCACAAUGCCCAAGGCCGGCUCCAUCACUUACCGCUUCAGCUCGGCCGGCCAGGACACACAGUUUUGCCUGUGGCACCUCACCGAAGACGUGCUCUCCCCACACCCGCCCCUGGCCCGCAACCGCAUGCUCCCUGGCACUCCUAGCACCACACCGCCCGCUGCCAGCAGCUCCCGGGGUGGCAAGCCCAGCCUCGGGUGCCUGCCCUGCUCACUGUCCCGCUCCAACAGCCUCCCACACCCAGCGGGCAGUGGCAAGGUGGGUGGCCCAGGCACAGUGACGGAGCUGGGCACUCCGUUUAGCAUCGGCCGCUUUGCCAUGCUCACGCUGCAGGAACAGAGGGACUGGGGGGCAGAGGAGCACAAGCGCUACUACAGCCUGGGCAACAUGGGGCGGGGGGGAGAGGGGGGGCCAUGGGGGGACAGCAGCGGGGACAAGCCCAAUGGCACUGGUCCUCACAGCCGUCUGGACCCAGCCAAGGUGCUGGGUAUGGCAUUGUGCCCGCGCAUCUACGAGGUGCCCAGCCAGCCCCUGGUGUGCAAGAUGAUUGCCCAAAAGCAGCUGAAAGUCCCGUUCCUGGAGGACUGCAUCAUCACCGUCUGCCAGGAGGGCCUCAUCUACAUCUGGGCCCCGCCAGGCAAGGCAGGCAUCUCCUCCCAACCAGGCAACUCCCCAAGUGGCACCUUGGUGUAAAGCCCUGGAUGCUGGGUUCCUUGCCCCACCUCGCUGCCCAGCCAUAACCCUCCGCUGACCUCACGGAUUAACCUAUUAACAAGACUAUUAUAUGACGGAUGGGCUGCUCCGGCCCCCCACCCUGCACAAAUUUGGGGGGCAGAGUGUCCCCCCCAGGCUGGCCUCAGCCUUGUCCCCACCCACUGCCAAGUACAACGACCCCUUCCGCUGAAACAUCAGUGUUAGCCUCAUCCCUGUCCCCAGCAUGUGUCUGGUCGUAGUUGGGGACGGAGAAGCUCCCCGCCCACAAGACCCCAGCUCUGCAGUGUGCCCCUCAGUCUGCGGGCAGGGCAGGGCAGCCUGCCCCUCCCGACCCCAAGCUCCAUUUCCCCUGCUGGUGUUCGUGCUUUUGGAAAGUGUUAAGUUAUGGAAGCCAUUUGGGGUCCUUCCUGUCCCCAGCACCUCUUAUUUAUACUAAAGUUCCUGUUUUCAAAAAAACAAAACAAAAAAAAACAA